AUGAAAUACCUUGUAUUAACUUUUUAUUUAUCUAGACUCAUAAUAUUUCGUUUAAGACUUUCUAGGUUUAGCACAAGAUCCUUAGUAAUAUGCAUAAUAUACACUAAUUUAGAAAAAAAUGACACAAAUCUGUUAAAAGGAUAAGUCAUACAUAAUAUUAAUUAUUAAGCAAAUUCAAAUAUAUAUUAAUAAAUUUUAUAUUGGCAUUCACUUUAAUGAAGAAUUUUUGGAGGCCUUUAGUAUGAGCUUAAGUUAAAUUUUAAAGGAUUCAUUAUCAUCACAUUUUAUAUACUCUAUGGACCAGAAUUUUCUUCAGAUGGUUUAGUUGAAAAAAAUGAGCCAGUUUCUAAAUCAACCAAAAGUUAUAAUAAUUUUUAUUCUAAUGGAGAAAAAUACAGGAGGGUAAUGAAAGAAUAAAUUAUAAUAAAAAUAUAUUAAUAAUAAGUUAAGAAUGCUUCUGACCAAAUAAAAGCAUAUUGUGGAUUUAAAAAUUAUUAUGUAGCUGUUCAUAAAUGUUAACCUUAUUGUUUACAAUGCUUAAAUGAAACUACAUGUACUUAAUGGAGUAGCGAUUAUGUUGCAAAUGUUGUUAAAUUUUCAUAAAAAGAGUGUUUAAUUCACUAAUAUUAUGAUAAUGAUUCUUAUAGAUGUUUGAAUUGUCCAUUAUCUUGUUGA